UAUAAUUGGUCAAGCCGCUCUAUGCGUUCAGUUGUUUUUACAGUUAGAAACAUACUGACUAAAACGACAGCCUGUUGUAGACUAUUUGUAGCAAGAGUGAUGUAAGGAGUCUCAAACAAAUCGACGCUGUCUGAAUCUGUCUGAAGCUCAGAUAUUCCAAAGCGCAGCAUCCACAUAAAGACGCGUUGUUCACGCACAGAGGACACAAAUUAUAACAAAUAUCCCUUAAAAAGUAGCGAAGAUGGUGUCCGCUGGACUGGAGAUCCUUGGGUUGGGGCUGUGCGUCAUUGGCUCGCUCCUGGUGAUGGUGGUGUGCGGGAUGCCCAUGUGGAAGGUAACGGCGUUCAUCGAGGCCAACAUUGUGGUGGCUCAGACCAUCUGGGAUGGGCUCUGGAUGUCCUGUGUGGUGCAGAGCACCGGCCAGAUGCAGUGCAAGGUGCACGACUCUGUCCUUGCGCUCGGCCACGACCUGCAGGCGGCGCGAGCCCUCACCGUCAUCUCGUGUGUGUUUGGCGUGCUGGGGCUGAUGGUGGUGAUCGCCGGGGCGCAGUGCACCAACUGCAUUAGCGCCGAGAACGUCAAAACCCGGGUGGUAAACGCCGGAGGGGUCAUCUACAUCACCAGUGGGUUGUUUGUGUUAGUUCCUCUCUGCUGGAUGGCCAACAACAUCAUCUCUGACUUCUACAACCCACAGGUGCCCGCGUCCAAAAAGAGGGAGAUCGGGGCCGCGCUCUACAUCGGUUGGGCGGCCACGGCGCUCCUGCUGAUCGGGGGCGCGCUACUCUGCUGCUCUUGUCCUUCUAACGGGAAUUCGGGCUAUUCGGCCAAAUAUUCCCCGACCAAACGGGCCACACCGAACGGGACCGGAGACUAUGACAAAAGGAAUUACGUGUAGCCCUGCUUCCCACCUUCGGGAUGCGGUAGCUAUGCUGUGCGUAAAUGUGCUGUGAUCUUUUGAAAAACUAUUUUUUUAACGUAUUUUUUGCACCUGCAGUUUACUCUGAACAUUGAAAUCAAUUAAAGCAUAAUUUUGUUACACAGACUAUAAACUAAACACAAUAUUGGAGAACAUAUUUGUUCAUCAUUUUUGCAAACAGCAGAAAAUAAACUUUUUGGAGACUAUGCAUAUACGUCUGGAUAUAAAGUGAUAGCCAAUGACAAAAAUGAGCGUCUUUGUUUUAGGUACCUGUAUUUUUAAAUGUCCUAGUCUAUAUUUUCUAUGAUCGCUCAUAAUCCCUUGCAUUUUGAAAUGUUUACCAUUGUGAGGUUUUUUUUCCUAAAGGAAGAUUAUACGACUGAAUAUAUCCACAGUUUUUUUUACUUCAGUGUAGGCUACAGUUUCUGUGAUUUCGGAGUAAUAGCACUGCAAACCACCUAAAAGGUUUUUGGAUAGUGGAUUUUUGCUUCAUGGGACUGUGGGACGAGCUAAAAAAAUAAAUGUAGGAUAGGCCUAUUUUUAAGGAAAACACAACUCAGGCGUCCUUAUAUGUGUCUAUAAUAGUGGAAUAUAAACUAUUUUACAAAAAUUAGGACCAUAGAUUUAGAUGCCAAAUAUAGGAUGUCCAGUCCACUUCACCUAUCUUAAGAUGAAAUUUUUAAAAGUUUGCAAAUGUGAGUUUUAUAUCUGUAUGUAGAAGCUGUGCUGGAUGUGUUUCUUGUCAUGAAUUUGUAGGAAUACACUGCUGUUUUACUAACUGGAUUUGUUGAUGUUUGAUGUAAAGAUCCAUUAUAUAUUUCAUGCAAUAUUCUUUCCAAUGUUAAACUGAGAUUAAACUGAUAUCGUCUUAAACGUA